AUGGUUGUCGAGUUCCGAUACCGGGAAUCGAACCCGGAGCUUCGCGGCACUUCCAUCAUGAAAGCGCGAUAUAUGUUAUCAGCUCAGGGGUUCGUGGUGUGGUGUACGUCACAUCCGGGAGAGGAAGCCGCAUUGGCAAUUUAUGCGGUUUCUAGAGCAACGGCAGUGGCAGGUCGGGCCAAGAGGCAGGGGCUGCUGGCCAGUGUAUCAAUGAAACAGGCGUUCUUCCGGAUACUUUGGCUCUGGGGAUGUAGACUUGAGGUGGUUGAUCGCAGUAGGAGCUCCAAGAUGUCUCCUACAUGGGGGACCUUGGGACUCGUCGCCUCGUUUGGCGAGACCCAACAAACGACCCUUCAGGCAGGAGCAGCCACACCAGAAGAUGACACCACCAGCCACCAGCCACCAACCUUUCCAGGACUAGUGCUCCUCGACCCACAAUUACUGCCAGCCCAAGCCCAAAGGGGGACCCCGCGCCCAAUUGCCUGGCCAACCACGGUCUCGGCACAAGUAAAUAGAAGAGGUUGGCAGAGCUACCCAACGACUGCUGGUCGCAACGUACAGCUUGGAAGGGCACCACGUAUACCCAUCCUCCACAUCUACUGCGUUGGCCUGAGAGCCGCCUGUCUCGUUUCUGGGCCCGAACCUCUCUCGCUUCUCCUAGUGGUAGAUACUUGGACUUCUGUACAUCCGCACACCGACUCGUCAUCUCUCCCUCUUCCACCCUUGCUCUCCCUCGUUCUCUACCCCCGAACUUUCCCAUUCCUCUUAAUUGAUCCACCGUCCCGAAUUCCUCGCGGUGCUUCCAUCGAGCCUCUGUUUCUCCCUUCCUUUUUUCGAUCCUCGAUCCGAGAGACAACCUCAUUCCGCCGCCGCCCCCAUCGAGACCUCGAUUCCUCUCUGUCUACCUCCGGCCCGGUCAAGGACUUCCCCAUCAGGCCUUCCCUCCCCGGACGCAACUUGCAACUUGAUAGCAGCGUCUUGACGCUGAGAGCCAAAGAAGAACCCUACCGUCGCUCCGAAGCACGGAGGACGGGAGAGGGCGCCGCAAAGGACCAGCGGACCAGCUCGAGACCUCGGCCUCGAGACGAGAGGGACAUCCAAACGGGCGAGUUAUAG